GGACAGCAGGAGGCUCAGAUUGGCGCCCAGCCUGGAAGAGGACCCGAGGAACUGUGAACUCAGAGAUGGAGCGGCCCCCAUGUCUCCUGCUCCUGCUUUCCCUGUCCUACCCCUUGGCCCAUGCUGGUGCUUUGCGGAAUCAGAUUGUUGGGGGGCAUGAAGCCAAGCCCCACUCCAGACCCUACAUGGCAGCCCUGAAGGUUUCGGGUGAUUUUGGCUGCGGGGGAUUUCUGGUGGCCCCGGAUUGGGUGAUGACCGCCGCUCACUGCAUGGGGGAUAUCACCGUGAUCCUGGGAGCUCACGAUAUCCAUAAGCCAGAGGCGUCUCAGCAGGUGCUGGGGGUUGAGACUUACUACAACCACCCUGAAUACAAUGACAUCUUGAUAGCUAAUGACAUCCUGCUGCUAAAGCUGACAGCGAAGGCCAAGCUGAAUAAAUAUGUCCAGGUCAUCCCUCUGCCCAAGACCAGCAGCGACGUCCCCACCGACACCAAGUGCAGCAUAGCGGGAUGGGGCUACAUUGACAAAGAGAGGGUCACCAACAGGCUCUUUGAGACCAACGUCACCAUCUACAGCCGCAGGAAAUGCCUCAGCAUCUACCCCAACCUCAACGAUGGCAUGCUAUGUGCCGGCAGCUUCCACCACCUCAAGGACUCCAGCCAGGGGGAUUCCGGGGGGCCUCUGAUCUGCAACGGGGUGGCACAGGGAAUUGUUUCCUUUGGCUACAGCUUCCCUCCUGCCGUCUACACCCGCAUUGCCAACUACCUUCCGUGGAUCAGGAAGAUCAUAGGCUAGAGGACCGGAGAGGGAGAUGCUCCAGCUUCUCCUCCAGCAUCUUCUGCCUUGGAGAGCCGUGCUGCUUUCCCUUAUACUGCAUCCACUGGCUUUUUCUCCCUUCCUGGUGUUGUAUGAAACCGUAGGGGACAAGACUCUCUCUAGGUGCCUCUAUGGCCUUGUUACUGUAGCUCUGAAGGCCUGCAGGCCCAGCAGGUCCCUUGUCACCUGGGUUCUGUUGGCUCAGGAGAGGAAUGUCAAGUUUUCAGCCCCCUGAGUGAAUAUUCUCUUGACUGGUCCCCUGAAGAAGCAGAGGCUUAAUACGAGCCAGGGGCUUUGCUGUUCUGAGGGUCUUCAGGAUUCCUUCUGUCCCAGUUGACUUAAAUAGGGCACAGCUGCCCAGUCUCCGGCAUGUGCCUAGACCAUCAGAGCAGAGCCAGGGAUAAUUCUAGAGCAGGGGGCACUGAAGAGGGUUGAAAUCGGCCCAAGGAGGUGGUUUUGGACCACCUGGAGGGGAAGGCUCUGACCUGUGCUCGCUCCCUCCUGGGCGUUCCCUGGUUUGUUUCCCUGGUUCAGUCCCAGGCUGAGGUUGGGCUUCACUUGGGUUUACAGAGGAGUUUCUCUCCCUGGCAAUUUCAGCUGGUGCCACAUUGUCAGAGCUGAAGCGGAGAGAAAUCCAGAGGCUGGAAAGGGUCCAGCAAAAGCAUGCAGCAGCAGGCGUCUGAAUCCUGGCCAGUCCCCAACUCCCCAACGCUAUGUUCUCACACCCCCUUCACCCCGGUCACUGCUCCAUUCCUCCUCUGUCGCUCGCUGCGAUGCUGGGCAUGUAACAAGCCUGAAAAAAUAAACACCAAUCUGCAUUUCACAGCGUCUCAUUCUCCAACUUCACAACGUCCCUUUUCAGUGGGUUUCUGAUCAUUCUCCAGAUAAACACAAAGGGCCAAAUUCUGCUCCCAGUUGCAAUGGGGUAGGCCCUUUGAUUUCAGUGGGUUGCAUGGGUGUAAAUGAACACCUCAGCCCAAAGGAGAACAGCCCUCUUUCCACUUCCCAGGCCACAGGCGGAAGUGCCCCAGGAGAACUGAAAAAGACCCAUGUGGUUUUCUGUUUUCCGGACUAUGCAGCCUUUAAUAUCUCCUGUCUAGAGGGAACUUUGCAAGUGGGAAGGGCACGGUCUGUAGGUGUUCCUGGUCCUUAUUGCUGGGAAUGUGUAACCCACCUGAUUAUGUGAUAUAUGCCAUCAUGUGCCAGCAAUGCUCCUCUGCCAUGUACAUUGGCCAAACCAGACAGUCUCUAUGCAAAAGAAUAAAUGGACACAAAUCUGACAUCAGG